GAAGUGCGUGCGCUCGGCCUUUCCGCGUCCCUCGCGGCGGGCGUCAGGGCGCAGUGGCGUGGUCCGCGCCGAGGGUUCACGGCCAACUGCUUCUUCGCCGGCCCCGACGCCGCCGCGCUCGCUGCUGCUCCGCGAUCGAGGGAAGAUGGUGGGCCGGAACAGCGCCAUCGCCGCGGGUGUCUGCGGGGCUCUUUUCAUCGGGUACUGCAUUUACUUCGACCGCAAGAGACGGAGUGACCCCAACUUCAAGAACAGGCUUCGAGAACGAAGAAAGAAACAAAAGCUUGCCAAGGAGAGAGCUGGACUUUGCAAGUUACCUGACCUUAAAGAUGCUGAAGCUGUUCAGAAAUUCUUCCUUGAAGAAAUACAGCUUGGUGAAGAGUUGCUAGCCCAAGGCGAAUAUGAGAAAGGUGUAGACCAUCUGACAAAUGCAAUUGCUGUGUGUGGACAACCACAGCAGUUGCUCCAGGUGUUACAGCAAACUCUUCCACCACCCGUGUUCCAGAUGCUUCUGACCAAACUUCCAACAAUUAGUCAGAGACCCCACAGAGCUCCUGAGCCCUUCCAUCAUGUGAGUACAUAGUGAGCAGUUGACGGUCUGCAACCCGGAAGAAGAUUCUCACCAGAACCUGACCAUGCUGGCACCUUGAUCUUGGACUUCCAGCCUCCAGAACUGUGAGAAAUAAAUGUCUGUUGUUUGUAAGCCACCCAGCCCGUGUUAGCCCUCAUAGAUUAAGACAACCCCUUGAGUAAUUAGGCCAGUCAACAGGCCAGUUAGCUGGCCCAGGCGUCUGGGGGAGCAAACACUUAAAUUCAGACUGAGUCUUGAAGAGGGGGCCGGAGCAGGUGGGAGCGACAAGAAGGUAAGGUGGAGGGAGAGAGGCUGAUCAGGAUGGUCAGUGGAGUGGGAGGUGCUGGUGGGGGUGGGGGAUGAGGCUGGAGAGAAGCAGGGUCAACGUUUGAGAGAACGACAUGGUGGGCCCGUGUCCUGGAAAGGCGUUAAGCUUGACCGAGGGCACACCUGAGGCCUGGGCUUAUGGAGGGGCCACAGUAUUGCUGAGAUAGGCUGGUGGCAUAGCUCUAAAGGAGCCCUCGGUGAGGCAGUAGGACUGGAUCUGGACCAAAUCAGAGCCUCCACAGGGCUGCUUGGAGGAUCCAGAGGAAGCUGACACAGGGCCACGUUCUGAAGGGAGGUGGCCCGUUGGAGAGCUGGAUGCAGUGGACGCCCUCUUGCUCACAUCACGGAAUCCAUUCACAUGACCCCAGGCUGCCGUGUAGGGAAUGAGUACAUGAAUGUAGUAGAGCCAUUAGGAGGUUCCUUCACUGCUCCAGGGGUGAGGUGAUGGUGAGGAGGUGGCCACAACGUUUGCAGCAGGUGCUGACGAUAAAACCAUCCUUGCUGAUGUCAAGAGUGAGGGGGCAAGAGGGUAGUUAAGGAUGACUGGGGUGCUUUGCUCUGAAUAGGAGUGUCAUUUACUGAAGUAAGGAAUGGGGGCACAUAGGAGUCUGAGGAUCUGGAGUGAUGUCUAGGCUAGAGAUACAAAUCUGAGGAUCAUCAGGAAGAAAUGACAUUUUAGGCGACAGAGUGAGAGCACUUGGCCCCAGGGUUGGUCCUCUGGCUCUAGAUGACUUUCUGAGGAUUUUUUGCUGCAAAGGAAAGCAGAGAAAUGGGGAGUGUGGUGGGUUGAAUUGUGUCCCCUCCAAAGAUGUUGAAGUCUUAAGCCCCAGUACUCAUGGAUGUGACCUUAUUUGGAAAUAAGGUCUUUGGAGAUGAGGUCAUUAGGAUGGGCGUUAAUCCAGUAUGACUGGUGGUCUUAUAAAAAGAGGGUUUGGACACAGAGACAGACACCUACAGAGAGAAGAUGAUGUGAAGAGACACAGAAGGGUGAUGGCCAUUGACAAGCCAAGGAGAGAGACCUGGAACAGCUUCUCCCUCCCAGUCCUUAGAAGGAACCCACCCUGCUGACACCUUGAUCUUGGACUUCUGGCCUCCAGAACUGUGAGACAAUAAAUUUCUCUGGUUCAAGUGGUCCAGUCUGUGGUACUUUGUUACAGCAACCCUAGCAACUACUCCUGGGAGGUAGCUGAGACAGACAUGGGGUUUACUGCAGGUCUUUUAAGAGGGGCAUAGAACAAUAUGCUUAUAGGAAAAUGGGAGUGAUCUGGGGUUGAGGGAAAAUGGGGGAUGUGGGCGAGCAAAGAGAUGAGUCUCUGAAAAGACCAGGUUCUGUGUAUCUUGGCCCUUUGCACACAUGGCCCCCAGACUCUGCCACCUGCCCAGGCCUCACUGGAUAGGCCACCUCUCUAGGGAGCCUGGAACUGCCCCCUGUGCUCCAGACACACUCACCAUUUCCCCAUUCAUGCACUUUCCACCCACUGCCCAGUGUGCUCUGGGAGGGACCAGGACUCAGGAUGCUGAGCCUAACAGAGUCCAGCCACGGGAGGGGCUCUGUGAACACACUUAACACAGAUGGAUGUGAGGUCCUCCUGGAAUGUUUUUGUCCCCAUGGCACUGGUUUUAGAACUCAUUUUGGAAAUUGGUCCUGGCACGUUCCUGUCUCUCCAGAUCAACGUUGGUUUUGUCCUGUGUUUAUUCAAUACUUCGGGGGUUAUAAAUCUGGAGACAGCUCCACCAGGAACUUUUAACUGGGGCCGACCCUGUGAACUGUGUAACCUUGAGCAAGCUACUUAACCUCCAUGACCCUUGGUUUUU